AUGUCUUCGUCCAAGAGAAUCACCAAGGAGCUAAACGACUGCCUCACCUCCCCACCCCCCUCCAUCACCAUCACCCUCCCCUCGGAAUCCAACAUCUCACUCUGGCACAUCACCCUCACCGCACCCCCGGAAUCAAUCUACUCCGGCGGUAAAUUCGGCCUGAUUGUGCAGUUUCCCCCAGAAUACCCCUUCAAACCUCCCACCAUCACCUUCGCAACCCGCAUCUACCACCCCAACAUCACCAACGAGACAAACGGCUCCAUCUGCCUUUCGUUGCUCAAAACAGACAACUGGAAGCCGUCAACCAAGAUUGUCACUGUGCUGGAGGCGAUUAGACAACUGCUUGUCGAGCCGCAGCCGGAUGACCCAUUGGAAACAAGAAUCGCGGAGCAGUACAAGAAUGAGAGGAAGGAGUUCGAGAAGGAGGCGAGGGCGUAUGUGGGGAGGUAUGCCAAGGGGCCGGUGAAGUUUGGCACCGAGGCGGGGGCGGCGACGACUGGGGGGGAGGGACCACAGCAGCAACAACAGGUGUCUUAG